CAGCUAGGUGAAUGAAAGAGAAUGAAUCUCGAGAAAUUACUAAACUGCAACAAUUUUUCUUCUGGGAAAUUCAUUCAUUCUCUCGAAUACCCAAUUCUUUUAUUCCAUCACAUACAAUACAAAAACCUUCAAACCACUGUUCUUUCGUUUCGGCAACACGUGAAAUCAGAUCAACUUUCACCGCUUCCCUCGAUUCGGGAUUGAACCUUGAGAAGAUGGAAUGGAACUACACAAAGAAAUGAUUUUGGGUUGUUUCUGAUUUGCCUCUUUCUGACUGUGAUUCUUGCAAUACCAGAUAUUUGAGGAGAAACCGUGAUUUUUGCAAAAGUGAUCCUUGCAAUACCAGAUAUUUCUCUGAAACUGCAAGCAAGCACUCAAGCAACUGUAAUGGGUAUAAUUAGGAGUUGCUUCUCUUUCAUUGCAGGGACGGCCUUUGGGGUUUACUUGGCUCAAAAUUAUCAAAUCCCUAACCUCAGGAAGGUAGCUGACACUGCCUUGUUACAAGCAAAACAAGUUGAGGAAAAAUAUCGCAAAUCUAAGAAGAAGGACAGUGAUAAUGAUAACUAAGAUUAGAAUCCCUAUGUUCCCACAUUGGAUUCACGUUCUUGUUUUUGUAUUUUUUCGGGGUUUUGUCACACAUCAUCAUUUAGGAUCAUGCACCACUAUUCACUAGAGUACUUUCAAAAUACAAUUUAAUGGAACAUCUAUACAGAAGUGUUCUUUGCAUUUAUAAAAUUGUUAUUGAAUCCAAUUUUCA